AUGGCGGACUUCACCUUGACCCACUUCUACAUCAGUGGACCUGGGCCCAGAUGCACGGAACCAAUCAGGAGCGGGCUGGUCUGGGUCUGCAGCGACUUGCCGAAGGAUUUGGAAAUCACAGACGUCUACGACGAUUUGAGACCAGAUGAGCUGGAAAGUCACCAACCGAUGGAUGAGGACCGAGGUGGCAGUUGUACAAAUGAGUCGUCAUCGACUUGGGACCCCCAUCCGCCCAUCCUUCGCUUCCAGACGGACGUGGAGUCCCGCGAGGCGGAGGUGGAACUGCAGAGGUGGCAAGAAGGCCGUUAUGUGAUCGUUCGCUUCCUGGACACUCACUUCGCCGAGGAGCAGGUCAACGUGGAUGUGGGCAUGAUCGGCCUCGUCGGCCACUUCGGGCGCUGUGGUCGGCAUCAGGUGCCAGUCGGGCCCUGGAUGCGACGGCGUGUGCAGCAGGCGUGGGUCCAUGCCCGCCCGUUGCAGCGGACGUUCUCUUCGGGCGGCUGGGUUUGUGACGGCCGGGACUUCACGGGCGGAUGCCGUGCUAGUCUGACGGAUUUUCACCAGACGACCAUGUACAACUCGCGCUUUCACUGCUCCGUCACAGGCUUCGACCUUUGCGAGGACACUUCCCUGGGCAAGGUAACAGAUGCCUCGGUCCAGGCAGACAUUGAGGCUUUGCAAAGCGCUUCUACUUGCAAGCUAGUUGGAACUCGCCUUCGGAAUCUUUGGAAGCGGAACUGGCUGCAUGCCAUUCCUAGGUAUUUUCGCCAUGGACUGCUGCAACGCGUGAUGGCUUCUCUGCAGAGCUGCCUCGAUCACCUCACGCAGUCCGGAAGAGCCCGGGCCAUCCUCGAAGAGGAGGCCAGCGGGCGAGGUCGCGGGAGGCUAGCAAGCGCGGGCACAGUGUUGCAUCCAGAUCCGCAGCAGAGCGCAGCACUUCGUGCCUUGCUGCAGCUCGUUUCCGACCUUGUGCACAGCAUCCUGGUGGGUGUGCGGCCUGGGUGCGACAUCCAGGCACGGCCAAGAAUUGGCAGCGAGUAUUUUUUCUUUCUGCGAGAGCUUUGGGAUCGCAGGUCAACGAUCUGGUCGGUCUCUGACGUUCAUGGUCCGCCAUGCCGCUGGGAAAGGUGCCGAGUGAUCAGCCUGCCCCCGAACUUCCCGGCUGUGAACCCCUCUUCGACCUGUCCAAGCCUGGAGGAGGACGACGACAUGGAUGCCUCCGGGGUGGCCAGUGCUUCCUUCCUGGUCUCGUCCAGGGACUGGAAAGGGAAGCGACAGGUUCAGGCAGCAGAGAGUCUUUGGAAAGUCACCAAGCAGCUCAACGAUGAAGACGUGGUCAUCACUACUGCGGGACUCCUGACCGAAGUUCGCCGUGGAGUGCACUGUGACGUAAACGAGGCAGAAGCCUCGAGCAUGGCGAAGAACGCCAGCCUUUUUCCAUUGGUAAGCUAUGGCUCCGCUUUCGCGACGCUGGAAACCACAGACUUACAGCUUCAUGACAUGCGCGCUAUUCUCUGUGCGACAGUGGCAGCUUUGGCGAUCCGGGCAUCACUUCGCAGCCCCACACAGGCCCUCAUCUCCCUGCAGAGGAUCCCCGCAGGACCGCCCCCGGCUUUUGCCGGGCCUGGCACCAGCAGCUCCGGCUCGGCGCCCCAGCUCUUCCUCGCCGGGGUCGCCGCGGUCACAGCCAGUGCAACCGUUGGGGCCGGCUCCCUCUUCGCCGGUUCUAGGUGGGGUAACCGCCGAGAGGUAAGCUGCGAAAGGCGGCAGCAGGAUGUCCAGCGUGACGUCCCCAUUCCGCCGGAGAGCGAGGUGGGCCUUGCGACUAGUGCUCCGGUGGACCUGUACGAGCUUUUCGGGACAACGAACAGGGCUGAUGAGAAGGAGAUCAAGAAGAAGUACUAUGACUUGCAGAAGUUGUGCCACCCGGACGUCGCCGGACCCGAGGGGGAGGAGAUGUGCAUACUGCUCAACGAUGCCUGGGAUUUGCUCUCAGACGAGGACAAGCGCAAGGACUACGAUGCUCAAAUCCAGCUGGCCAAGCCGGCGUACCUGGCCAAGAUGCAGGAGGUCUCCAAAGAUUUGUCGCCGACAUGGAAAGGAAAGCGAAAGACGCUGAAGCACCACUCGGAUUACACCGGGGUACCGCUGUCCCACUCGAAGUGGGCGAAGGUGCAACCCGAAGAUCGUGGAGAGAAGCAUCUGGAUGAAAAGAUGCUCUUCGUCGAUGAGUGGUCUUGUAUCUGCUGCCGGAACUGCUGUGACAUCGCCCCACAGUCAUUCUGCAUUCAGAAUGACAACGGCCGAGCCAACGUCUACAUGCAGUGGGGCAACUCGGAGGAGUACCUGGACUAUGCAGUGACCUCUUGCCCAGUGGAUUGCAUCUACUGGGUGAGCAGGGAGGAGCUUCAG